CCAAAGGUAAGCUGGCCACACACUUUUAGACUUUUCACAGUCCAAAAUUAGCUAAGAGACAGUCCAAAAAUAGGAGUUGAAAAUUAGAGUUAUAAUGUCAUUGGGCCAGCUGAAAUAGUAGAAAAGCCCAUUCCACACAGUGAACCCAAUUUUAUGGCGGGAACUCUCCAAUCACACUUUUCAAUCGGGUCCAUUCCAAUAAUCCACGGCGUCAAAAAGCGCUACAUUAAGAAGCUCGCCACCAUAUCCCGUCCGCCGGCGCCUCCUUUAUUGCAGUUCCGGUCAUCCCGGUGAUCGUACAUCUUUCAAUUCUCCCGAACUACAGUUGAGUAAGAGGUAUUCGUUUUCAACCAAAGAAUGUAUGGGAGAAAAGGAAGUGAGUUAGUUAAGGAACUUACAUGCGCAGAACCUGGACAACUCCUGGCUUUUAAUGAUGACUUGUUCUCCCAAGUAAUUGAAGAAUGUACUGGGCAUCUACACAACCUUGCCCCAUUAAUAAGGAAAAUUGAAGAAUUAAAGAAACUUGAAGAGAUGAAAGUACAGAAUAACCAGCAGCUGGAGGAAUCAGACAAACAGGCAUUAAAAGCUCACAACUCUGGAGCACUCAUUCAUCAUCUUUCUCUACUCCGCAACAAGCGCUGUCUGAUGACCUAUUUGUAUAAUCGCGCAGAAAUUAUACGAAAGUUGGGAUGGACAGUUGAUAAAGUAGCUCUCCCAGAAGAAAUUGAAACGAAGCUCAGUAGCUCUGAGAAAGAAUAUUUCAAGAAUCAUGGUGCAACUUUACAAUCUUAUAUUUCAGAACUUGAUCUUGAACUGGCCGUGGAUAUGGUGCCACCAAAAGACCCCCUUAUUAAAGUGAGGGUGCUAGAGGAAAUUGGAAAUGUUGCUCUCAGUGAUCAGUCAGCCCAUCUUGCUUGCCAAGCUAUAGUUUUCCUCAAACGAACUGAUGCUGAGCAGUAUAUUGCCCAGGGUUCAAUGGAAGAGUUAACUGGUUGAUCAAAGUGCACUGCCUUUGUACACAAGGAAUUGCUGCCAGAUUAUGCUUCAUUUAUAGGUUGGUCUGAAUUCAUAAACUCAGAUAUCCAAGGGAGACUACUACUUAUUUUGCUUUAGGAAUUUCAAUGUAAAAGCAAGUGUAGAAGAAGGAAAAAAAAAGGCAAAAGGGAUAUGCAUCAUUGCCUCAAGACUUAUUUACCAUAUAUGAUUUUAGAAUUUGCCAAUAGAUUUUCCACCAAAUAGCUUUGCAACCUUCUGAAUAUCUUACUUUUUGAGUAAUAGUUCUAUAGCAUGUUAUACCCUUUCAGAUUUAGUAAAGUUGUUAAGUUAGCCAUCAUUGUUUGGUACCGCAGUCACUUUCAUUGGCUAUUUAACUGAAGUCUGAAGUAAAUUGAUGUUUUACGAACUGGUUCUGAGAAUCCGAAAAUUUUCAGAUGUCAUUUGUUAAACUUCCUUAUCUGCUUUUAACUUUACCUUCAAACCAAAGGCAGAAAUACUCGUAGAUGGGAUGCCAUUGUCACAGAAGUAUUUCAACAACUACUUCGAAUCUUAUUUGUGUGUCCUAUGUUUCACCAAGAAGUUGCAUCUGAAACAGCAGAGCUGCAAAUUCCUGGCCUGAGGUGCAUUUUCCAACUGCCAUACUUCCCCAUGAAGAAUCAGCUGACUCUCUGAAGUCUGAAUGCAAGAUUAUUGCUUUUAGCCUCUUGCCUUUGCUGAAUCCAAACUUUUCGGGCCAGGCUUUCAUCUCUUUGGGAAUAAGAUCAUCUCCCUUCUCCCUUGAACUAACUUUACUGAGAAAGAAGUAUCUAACUAUAUAUGUGUCUGAAUCUCAUCUCUUUUUGCCAUAUUUCACUCUACAACUCCCUUUUGCAUAAAUUAUUGUUGCAAAUUGGCAGGCUUUUAUUUCA